AUGUUAAGUGGACGUACGCAAGGAUCUGCUGUUGAUCAUCGCGAGUUAGGAGAAAAACUGAAUCGACUAAUAAGUAGAAGCUCGAUCGGCUCAAGUUUACCAUCACUAAGUUCGUGGCUUCGUCAUAGUCAGCUGAAUACGAUGCCGUCGGCAAAAGUCGCUGAUGGUUCGUACUCACAUCGUCCGUCACUGAAAAAUGGAUUGAAGCGUAAGCUUUUAUUGACAGCUUUUGUUUUUCUGACUUGUGCAUGUUGUCAGCGAAGGGCUUUUUACUAUCACAUGUCGUUUAGUUGCAGAGAAGACAGCGAAGACCGUCAACGAGAUAUCGAGUUGUAUAAAAUUCUUCGUGGCAAGAAAGCCGAACUCGAGGAGCUGUUGAAAGCACGCAUCAAUGAGUUACGCUCGGUCUGCAUGAAGGAAGGGGAGUUGACGGGAGAGAUGCCUCAGGAAAUCAGCGCAACUUUGAGGCCAGGUGAAGAGAUGCCGAAGCUGAAGAAGCGUGUUGGCACUUCGUUCUCGAUUCCAGAAGAAAUUCUGAAGAGCGACAAAGUGAGUGUGUUUCUUCUUUACUAA